AUGGCCGAAGAAACGGCUCCCAGCGCCCCGGCGGCUUCGGCAGCCGGUGCGCAAAGAACAGCCGGCGGCAACAAUGCCUACCACAAUUUCCAUAAUGACUUCCUCCACAUUCAAGAUCCCAACGAGCGUCGGCGUCUCGCCCUCGCGGAGAUCGACAAGGCUCCCUUUGGUUGGUACCAUGUGAGAGCCUGUGUCGUCGCCGGUGUCGGUUUCUUUACCGAUUCCUAUGAUAUCUUCGUCGUCAGUUUGCUCAACGUCAUGUUGGGUAUCGUAUACUUCCAGUCGAGCGAAGGAAAACUUCCACAAUCCUCCGACAACGCCAUCAAGCUGGCCACCUCGGCCGGUACUGUCGUUGGUCAGCUCGGCUUCGGUUACCUUGCUGAUCACGUUGGCCGAAAGAAGAUGUACGGUCUCGAACUAAUUGUCAUUAUCUUCGCUACUGUCGGCCAAGCCCUCGCUUCUGGUUCACCCUCCGUCGACAUCGUCGGCCUCAUCAUCUUCUGGCGUGUCCUGCUCGGUGUGGGUAUUGGAGGAGACUACCCCCUAUCGAGUAUUAUCACAUCCGAGUUCGCCACUACGAAAUGGCGUGGUGCUAUGAUGGGUGCUGUUUUCGCCCAGCAGGGUAUCGGUCAGCUCACGGGUGCAUUUGUGAUGCUUUUCCUCACGCUCGGCUUCAAGCAGGCCCUCUCCCAAUCUCCCGGAAUCUCCCAAUGUGAUGGUUGGUGCGGUGUUGCUGUCGACAAGAUGUGGAGAGCUUUGGUUGGAUUUGGCGCGGUCCCUGCCGCAAUUGCCCUGUAUUACCGUCUUACGAUCCCUGAGACACCCCGUUACACAUUCGAUGUCGCUCGCGAUGUUGAAAAGGCCAAUGAAGACGUCAAGGCAUACAUGUCUGGCCAGCGCGAAGGCCAACCCGACGAUAUCGCCCGCAUCCAGACUCGCGCCGCUGCCCAGGAGCAGAUGACAAUUCCCAAGGCCAGCUGGAGUGAUUUCAUCCGACACUAUUCGAUCCCCAAGAACGGCUUGCUUCUAUUCGGCACUGCGGGCUCGUGGUUCCUGUUGGAUGUUGCCUUCUACGGUGUCUCUCUCAAUAACGCCGCCAUUCUAGAGACGAUUGGCUACUCAACCAAGGGUGCUCACAGCACAUACGACUUUCUCUACAAAACCGCCAUCGGUAAUCUCAUCAUCGUCCUUGCCGGCGCCGUGCCAGGCUACUGGGUAUCCGUCGCCACGCUCGACACUCUCGGCCGAAAGACGAUUCAAAUGGGCGGCUUCAUCAUCCUCACCAUCUUGUUCAUCGUCUGGGGUUUCGCCUACGACUACAUCUCGGGCCAAGCCAAGCUUGCCAUCUUCGUCUUGGCGCAGUUCUUCUUCAACUUUGGACCUAAUAUGACCACAUUCAUUAUUCCUGGUGAAGUCUUCCCCACGCGAUACCGAUCGACUUCCCACGGUAUCUCAGCCGCUUCAGGCAAAAUCGGUUCCAUCAUUGGUCAGGGCGCCAUCGCCACCCUCCGCCACCGAGAAAACGAAACCUGGCUGGACCACGUGCUCCAGAUCUACGCCCUGUUCAUGUUGCUCGGCAUUUUCACAACAAUAUUCGUGCCGGAGACCAAGCGAAAGACGCUGGAGGAGCUUAGCGGCGAGGACCAGAUACUUCCCGUUGCCCACCACCAUAAUGACAGUGCCACCGCCAGUCAGGACAAGAGAUCGGGAUCUUUGUAA